AUAUCGAACCCUCUUCCUUUAAUAGUUUUCGAAAUAUCGAACCCUCUUCCUUUAGUAGUUUUCGAAAUAUUGAAUCCUCUUCCUUUGAUAGUUUUCAAAAUAUUCAACCCUCUUCCUUCAAUAAUUUUCGAAAUAUUCAACCCUCUUCCUUCAAUAGUUUUCGAAAUAUUGAACCCUCUUCCUUUAAUAGUUUUCAAAAUAUCGAACCCUCUUCCUUUAAUAGUUUUCAAAAUAUCGAACCCUCUUCCUUUAAUAGUUUUCGAAAUAGUGAAUCCUCUUCCUUUAAUAGUUUUCAAAAUAUUGAACCUUCUUCCUUUGAUAGUUUUCGAAAUAUUGAACCGUCUUCCUCUAAUAGUUUUCAAAAUAUUCAACCUUCUUCCUUCAAUAGUUUUCAAAAUAUUAAACCCUCUUCCUCUUAUAGUUUUCGAAAUAGUGAACCCUCUUCCUUUAAUAGUUUUCGAAAUAUUGAACCCUCUUCCUUUUAUAGUUUUCGAAAUAUUGAACCCUCUUCCUUUAAUAGCUUUCAAAAUAUCGAACCCUCUUCCUUGA